UUGAACGAACAAAGUCAAAAUUGCAGCGCAAGCAGUUAAUAACUAACAGGAUUUUAUAAAUUUUAAGUUAAGAUAAUUCAUUCAUGAUGAAGUUUGUAUUACUUUUUUUCUUAGUUAGUGGUUUUGUAGCAUCAAGGGCUCAACUGAGUCUAGGCUUAGGUCUUGGGCUGGGCAUUGGACGUGCAGGGCCGCCGCCACCAGAGUUUUUCCAGAAUGUCGUCUUAAACGCUGAAGCGCAGAAGCUUCGCACAACGCCCGGGGAACUUCCAGCAGAUUUGCAACAACGUGUGCAGGACACUUUGGGCAACGCUGAAUUGGGAUUCAAUAGCUGCAGUACGGUUUCAACUCUUCCUUGGUUUCAAAUGCGGUGUGUUGCUUUACAGCUGUCCAAAUCCAAAGCCGAGUUGAAAGCCAUUGACGACGAAGCUAAGGUUCGCGCACAGGCUGCAACGUCCGAGGCAUCAGGACAAACAGCAGCAGACGCAACAAACUCCUAAAAAAGUGAUAUAUGUUUAUGCAUUAGAACAAUAUAUUCGUUUUUUCCAGCACAAUUACGAAACAACUGUAUUUGUUAUUGUUUAA